UUGGUGGGGAGCAGACAGAACAGACGCAAAGAGGGAGGAAAUAUUAGACAACAGCUUAUUGUGCUGGCCCAAACAUUAAUGAAUGUAGGUUUAGGCUUUUUUAAAUCCAACUACUCUGUGUGAAUAACAUUUGAAAUGAAUAUGUUAAAUUCCACUGCUAAUGUUAAAGAAUUGUUCCAGUAGUUUAAAUUAGAUCCCCUUUUUAUCACACAAAAGUAUUUGUAUGUUAUGUACGAAAGAAUAUCGCCCCCUCCCUCUCGGUGACGUCCAAUUAUAUCAGCCAAUCACAACAGUGCGGGUGGGACUAAAGAUGAAACAGCGGAAGAUUCAAAACGAAGAUGGCGGCUGAAAAUGAUCCCCAAAACAAUCACAAACUGGACAGAAGGGGGACCAAGUGUAGCGUGUUUAUCAGCCAGGAAAAGCCGAACGCAAGCCAACCAGUCAUCUUUAAUCCGGACUUCUUUGUGGAAAGGCUGAGACAUGAGCAUCCACAGGCCUUUGCGGAUUUGGUACUUAGCAAUAUCACUCGGCUCAUAGAUCUUCCAGGGGAUGAAUUUGCCCAGCUCACCGGAGAGUCUGAGCCUAGAGUGCCCUCCUCCAGUGGUUUUCUACGCUCUUUGAACUUCCUGAAACGGAAAGACAAAGGAGUGGUUUUUGGUGCACCAUUAACUGAAGAGGGAAUAGCACAGAUCUAUCAGCUAAUUGAAUACCUAAGCAAAAAUCUUCAUGUGGAGGGGUUAUUCCGCGUGCCAGGCCAUAGCCUAAGGCAAGCAGCCCUGAGAGAGAUGCUGAAUGCUGGGGCAGAGAUAGAUCUAGAGACAGGCGACUUCCAUCCCAAUGACGCGGCCACAUUGCUUAAAGCCUACCUGGGAGAGCUGCCAGAGCCUCUGCUCACACACAGACACUAUCAUGCUCACCUGAAGAUUGGAGAGCUCACUCGCUUUGAUGACAAGGGGGAUAAGACGAAUGUGCCUGACAAGGAACGACAGAUUGAGGCAUUUCGGCUGCUCUUUAUGCUACUCCCACCAGUCAACCGCAGCCUGUUGAAGCUGCUGCUGGACUUGCUGUACCACACCGCUCGCAAUCAGCACAUCAACAAGAUGUCUGCAAUUAAUUUAGCCACAAUGUUUGCUCCACACAUCAUCUGGCCCAAAAAUGUCAUGGCAAGUGAUCUGCAGGGAAACAUUGAGAAACUGAAUAAUGGCAUAGCAUUUCUCAUCAGGCACUCACAAAAACUGUUUAAGGCGCCUGUGUAUAUCAAAGAGUAUGCACGUUUAUACUUCACAGGAUCACAAUCUCUUCAAUCAAAGGAUGACUUGACGCUCUGUUCUGGGACCAAAGAUGGGCCGAUAGCUGCGGUAACAGCUGCCCCCCCCUCUCCCUUCAUGAGAUCAACUGUAAGUGAGGGCAGCAGCACCUGCACAACCAGGUCAUCUGAGACUCAGAAUUAUACUGAAUCUGCACUCAGAGAGCUGUACCAGCAGGUCAACAACAUGCCUGAGUCUGCCAAAAAGAAGAAGCUCAUCAGACAGUUUGAAAAGGAGCCUUUGCUAACACCUUCGGCUGACUCUCGGACACCGUUCAGCAGGAAACACUGGCGUUCACGCUCUUUGGGUGGAAUUAUCAAGAGGAAGGUGUUGGGAAGUCAAGUAUUGACAGAGAAAGAAAACAGCAGACUGCAGAGUUCUCUAUGCAGCGGGUCCAUUGAUGGCCAGGGAGCUGAAAAUGCCAGCUGUGAAGGAGAUUAAUCAUCUUUAAAAGAAUGCACUGUUCACAACUAAGGGAACAUGGGCAUAACUGUUACGUUAGGUGCAUUAAAGGAUCUUCUUGAGGCGUCGACUCAAACCAAACAGUGUAAUGCACAGUACAGCUAUGUUUUGACACCAUGUUUAGAUCUGUACUUAGCUGUUUUUCUAAAAAAGUAAGUUCAAGGUUAUAAGGAUAGCAAGGAAGUCACCGUAAUGCUUUGCAGUCUAGAAGUUUUACUUAAGUGAUGUAAAAGGGGUUGUUGGACAAAAAUGAGGAUGUUGUGUGCUUUAUUUAGGUCAAUGCAAUUUCCAUUUUUAUUACCCUCUUAAGUUUCCUCUUAAUUUCCUUAUUUCUUGUCUAUUUGUGAUGAUCUUGCGGAUGCAAGUGUCAUGUAUUUAUACCACUGAAUUUGUCUAUGUUCAGCUUUAUCAUUGACUGAAACCUUUUUAUUUAAUUUGCGAUGGCUAAAUGUAUUUAUUUUUUUAUUGGUCAUCUUGAUCUUUCAAGUCCUGAAAUCCAGUACAUCAGCUGUAUUGGUAGAAUGUGAUGUGCAGGCUUUUCUAUUUAAACAUUAAAUUUGCUUGUAAGUUGUAGUAAAUGUAGUUAGACUCAAACAAUCAGUGCAGACUGCUCAAGAAAUGUGCCUUAUAUCUUAAGUUACUGUGUAAUUUGGUUUUUAUUUUUAUUGUUUAUUGUUUAUUGUUUUCCCCAGUAACUUCCCAACAGCUUUAAGGAUAAAAUUUUAAGGUUACAUUUUUAUGAAGAAUUCAUUCAAGUGUCAGUAAAGUAAGGGGGCAAAGACUAAUAGGGAAUGGAGGAUGGAAGAUGCUGAGUGAAAGGCCAAAGGACCAGCUCGUGAAAGUAAUAUAGAUAUUUUUGUCCUUGUUGCCACAUUAGCUCAACACUGUGAUACUGUAAACUACUGCUUCUUUAACUAUAUGUCAUAUUUUAGUUUUUCUCAGGCCAGUUUUGAUCUCUUAUGCAACAUUGUAUACAGAUUUAUAGCUUUAUAUGCAUUUUAUCUUUUCAAUUAUUCAGCUGUUCAGUGCAAGAUUUCUUAUUAUUUUUAAAGAUUUAUCAUCUAUUUUUAUCUUUCUUAAUUUUAGUGGUUGCCUGAAUGCAAAUGAUGAUGAAUCUGUUGCCCUCUAUUGUGGUUGUUAACCUAGGUGCUUUGUGGGAGAAUUUGAGCCACUUUUAAAAAACCUCCUUGAUGUCUUACUCAUUCAGUAGCAGUUUCCAGUUCAGUGGUCACUAUGCUAAGCUGUUACAAUUUAACUAUAACGUGAUAACUGCCUCAUGGUCAACUUGAUUGACCAUGUAAACAUAUGAUAUUGAUAUUGAUGCUACUGUGAAGCUAUGCAACUCACUGUAAUUAAAAGACAUCAAGCUGUGUCCUGUA